AGUAUUCUCAUGAUUUUUUGAUGCAUACUUCAGUCAAAGCGACAAUAAAAAGUUAUUUCAUUGGGAACUAACCGUUAGAAUCCGAACCGAGUCCGUCCUUGACACAACGCGUAUUCUAAUCUAAGAUUAUAUAAUUUAUUAUUCUCUACUCGAUAUGGCGGAAGAGACCCUGAAGUCAGGUCUUCUGACGAACUUGUUCUUCGAAAUAAUCCAGAGCCCCGUAUACAUCGCCCUAGUGUCCCUAGUAGUGUUCCUAGUUUACAAAAUAAUCAAGAGUCGAGGAAACGAUUUCGCUGUGCCUCCACCGGCACCUCAACUUCCGAAAUUGAAAAAAAGGGAUUUCACCUUGAAAGAACUGACACAAUAUGACGGUACUCAAGAAGAUGGUAGGGUACUGGUAGCUGUGAAUGGAACAGUGUAUGAUGUGACGAAAGGAAAACGGUUUUAUGGCCCAGGGGGCCCAUAUGAAGCUUUCGGAGGCAGAGAUGCAUCGAGGGGCUUGGCUACUGCCGAUGUAUCAGCCUCAGCUGAAGAGUAUGAUGAUCUGAGUGAUUUGAGUGCUAUGGACAUGGAUUCACUGAGAGAUUGGGAAUCACAGUUCCAAGAGAGAUAUGACGUCGUUGGAAGAUUGUUGAAACCUGGCGAGAAACCCACCAAUUAUUCUGAUGAAGAAGAUUCUUCAAGCUCUACAGCAAAAAAAUCCAAAGAUGCAUAAAGUUAGAUUUGGAAAUGAUUUCAUAUGAAAAGGCUGUUAUAAAAUUUAUAUUUACAAUAAUGAAGAUUUCUUCUAACACUCUGAUGAAAGCUCCAUCAUAGUUUCCCAGUUUGAAAUAUAUUGAUAAGUAUAUUUGCCUUUUCUCACAGAGAUAGUCAGAAGAUUGUUCACGAAAAACUGGUAAUUCUGACAAAAAAAAUCAAAGUCUCAAUUUUCUGACUUGUUUGUGAGAAUUCUGGUAUAUUAGUCGAAAUUCUGAGCUACUGCUUAUACACCCAGAUGUCCCAGAUGGAUGCUGCCUGUAUUGCUAUCUUGGUUAUUAUAAGAUCUACACAGUCGUUCGAAUGGGCAAUGUUUCUCAGAAUUCUAUUACCAUUUCAGAACUGCCAUCAGAUUUUAAUGAUCGUUUUUUGUUUUUGAAAUAAUCGCAAAAAAACAAAAUGGUGCAUUUUCGACAAUCCCCUGUAUCUUCGUUAUUUGAAAACAUACGGUAAUUUGGCGCAGACACUUCAUAGACACUUUUUCAAGUACUCUCGAAAAGAGGAUUGAAAAUCCUGAUUAAUGAAAUAAAAAUCCAAUAUGGCGUCCAUAAGGAAAAACGAAGCUAUUUCGAAAACGUAGGAAGAUAUUUUAUUGGUUUAAUUUUUAUUCAAACGUUCUUGAAAAAGUGCUCAUGAAAAUGUGUCUAAGCCAAAAUUAUGUUUUCAAAUAACGGAGAUACGGGGGUUUGUCUAAAACGCAUCAAUUUGGUUUUUCACAAUUAUUUCAAAAUCAGAAAACGAUCGAAAAAAUCUGAUGGAAGUUCUAAAAUGGUAAUAGAGUUCUGAGAAACUUUACCCUUUUAAACGACUUUUAGCUCUUAUAUUCUUAUAAUAACCGAGAUAGUAAUAUAUGCAGCACCAAUCUGGGACACAGUAUAUCAGAAUUCCGAGUUGUAUCUCAGUAUUCAGACAUGGAAAUCAUAAUUUUGAAAAUGCAAUUUAUUUUCUUGGCCAUUCAGCGUUAUUGUAAUUUACAUAGGUUUUAUAUUUUUAUAAUGUUAUGUUGGCGAAGCUGUUUUGCCUACCUACAAAAUAAAUGAUUAAUAAG